AUGAUUACUCCUUAUUACUCUAAAGGGUUAAUUGUUUAAGAAUAAAAUAAAAUUCUUAAAAAAUAUUUUAAAAAAAAUCUUUUAUUAGAUUUUUUAGUUUUUUUUGGAUUUUUUAUUAGUUACCACUUUAAUAAUGCAUGGAUUAAAUAUGUAAUAUUCUUAAAAAUUAAAAGAAUGAAAAACAUUUUUACAAAUAUGCAAGAAAGAAUAAAUCUUAGAUAUAAAUUUUCAUAUUUAAUUGAUUUAUUAAUUUUAGUUUAUUAUGUAUUAAUAAUAGCACAUAUAUGUGCUUGCCACUUUUAUUUAGUAGGCGAAUUAUAAUAUCAUGAUCCAGAUCAAUAAACAUGGAUAUAAGUAUAAAAAUUAGGUAUUCUAAUAUAAAUUAUAAAAAAAAAAAAAAUUAAUAAAAAGACUAUAAAAAUUUGGAGGAUAAAUAUAUAAGCUCUAUAUAUUGGGCAGUUAUAACAAUGA